GUGUUGGGGAGCUGUUCACGUAGGCGUGGGCUCCUGGAGUCAGCGAAAUUAUAAUCAUAAAUUCGAAUGACGGGGCGGAGAUACCUCCAUCUGCCGGAGUCUUUAUGAAGGAGCUGAAACCAUCUAGGUCGAGCAGAUAGUCGAGAAAAAGCGCCGCCGUGCCGAGGGACCACGAGCCGCGGUGCGCUACCCGGCGCGACGCUAAAAGGUACGUCGGAUACCUCCAUACAGCAAGCAGAGGAUGCAUUUACAGUAGGUGGGAAUCAAAAAGGCAGUUAAAAUAACAACGCUAUGCAACGCGGUACUGAAAGGAAACGCGCGACCAAUCAUCAAUUAACAGGAAAUUGCAUGGACCCCCUCAGUCCUCGCUGAGCCCCCCCCCCCCUCCGGUUGAGAACCACUGAUACAGAUGACUGGUGUGCUGUCAGCAUUUGAUAAAAUACCCCCAAAGUGGGAGGAAUACAGAAACUGGGGGUCACUUCUUGGACUCUGGCAGCACUGAAGAUUGUGGCCCACAGGUCACCCUAAAAACUGAAGGACAUCCGGAAAGCUGCCUUAUUCUGGCCCAACGUCUUUAAAAUCCAGACAAGCUCUAGUGCAGCAGUGAGCAGAUCCAGGAUCCAACCUACCGUUCGGGCAAAGGCAGGAGAGUUCAGCAACAGUCUUAGGAGAAGCCUGUCCAGUCUGUGCGAUGGGAGUAGGGAUCCUGAAGCAGGUGCUCGCAGCCAUCCUGAUGGUCCUCAUCACGUUCUUGGCCUUCAGAAAAACCAUGGAUUGGAGCACUACUGAUCCCGAAGGCCCCUCAUAUAAAUGUGACCUGUCCAGGCCUUGUCCUCCAGAAUCCUUUGCCUUUAAGAUGAAGAGUGGUAUUGCCAAUGUGCUGGGGCCCAAAAUCUGCCUGGAGGACAACAUCCUCAUGAGUGGCGUGAGGAACAAUGUGGGACGAGGACUGAACAUCGCUUUAGUGAACAACUGUUUGUGUGUGUCCACAGGAAGUACUGGAAUACCCAUCAAGACGGCUUACUUCGAUAUGUGGGCGGGAGAUGUCAAGCUCCUAAUAAAUUUCCUGAAAAGCAUUGAAGAAGGGACACUAGUCAUGAUGGCUACGUUUGAUGAGUCUUCUACAAAACUCAAUGAGGAAGCGAGGAAGCUGAUCAGUGAUUUGGGGAGUUUGAGUAUAAACAAGUUGGGGCUCAGGGAUAACUGGAUCUUUGUGGGAGCUAAAGGAAUCAAAAGGAAGAGACCCUUUGAGCAGCACCUGGUGAAUAAUGCGGACACCAAUAAGUAUGAAGCUUGGCCAGACUUUGUGGAGAUGGAGGGUUGCAUUCAAAUAAGAACAGACCAGGAUGCCUAAUUUCAGAAACCUUAGUCAUGAGUUUGGCCAAUGGCAUGGACAGGAGAACAACGAGACCGCUUCCAACAGACUGUGAUGCUCACCAUCCCUUUUGUCUCAUUUGUAUAAGGUUGUGCUGCCAGACCGCUAUAGGUGAUUCAAAACAUGGUAGCAUGUGUGAUUAUCCAUCAGCACAAGCACUCUCAUGUUUCACCCUUCCAUGUGUCUCUUCACUGGCUCCCUAUUGGUGCUUGCAUCAAGCUCAAGUCCUACAGUAGGUGUUGGCUUAAAGGUCCAUCAAUGGACAGGCACCCAUCUCCAUUAAAAGGCUCCUCAAGACCUAUGUCCCUUCUCACAAACCAUUUGGAGCUCCCUCUACCACAAGGAAAGCGUCACUCAAGACGGUCCCCUUGUGUGGUUCCUCGAUGGUGGAAUGAGCUGCCAGACCACGUCCAGUCAUCAGACUCCCUCUUCACCUCAAGACUCAAGACCCAUCAGAUCCAUGAAUUCCUCAACUAUCCCGAUGCCUCUUUAUGUUCUUUAAAUGCUCUUAUGUUGCAGUUUCUGGCCCUUGAAUAGUCUUAUUAGGGUCUAACUUUGUUAAUAAUUAUUAUGUAGCUGUUAUGUAGUUCCUGCUCCAGUACUGCUCCCACUUAUACCUGGACACUUAUUGUAAGCGUGGCCAAGCUGCACUUAUGUCUAGUUCAGUGAUUCUCAACUCGUGGGUCGCGACCCAAAUUUGGGAGAUGGCAAGUUCUGAAAGGGUCAUGAGGCAGAGUUGGAAAUGUAAGCAUUUUGAAACCAGCAAGCUCCUAUACUGAGCCACAAUCAGAUUUCCCAGCCCCAAUCCUAGAAUUAAUCUAUAUAAACAGGUCUUGGGUCAGCAAAUGCUUAGCGCAAAACUAGUGAACACAUAGCAAAUUCAAGAAGCCAAUUCGUGGAUGCCUAAUUUAAAAUUCACUGGCACAUCCAAUCAGAUUUGUUCAAUAGGCUUUGAUUGGUGUAAAUUGCAGAGUGUACUGUGUGCUUGAUCAUAGCAUACGAUAUAUAGGGUCGCGACUGAGCUGGCAUGGUAACACUUGGGUCACGGUGCAAAAAAGGUUGAGAAGCACUGGUGUAGGUGACUCCUUAACAGCAUGUACUGUAUAUUUGCACUGUUUACCUCACUUGUACUUUGCUUUGGAGAAAAGCUUCUCCUGAAUACCCUACCAGUCAAAAGUUUUGCAUGCACUGAGAUUUUCUACAUUUGCAUUUUACUUUUACAGCAAGGAAAUGUCAUAUCUUUGAUUCAUCAAAGUAACCUCCUCUAGCAGUUAUACCAGCAGAGAAAAUUCGAGGCAUUCUUUUCUAGAAGGGACAUUAAAUCCUGCUCUGUUUCCUGGGAUGAAACAUUUAACUAGUGCAUUUUAAAUUAAAGCACAGCCUAGGGUUUGACUAUGUCAUCAUCACACAAUCAGUUAGUAGGAUGUCAAUCCUGCACAUACUCUUUCCAUGUCAUAAAGGAAACUUGUUUCAUUUUCAUGUAUAGUUGUCCACUCUAAUUUUCUAACUUUCUAAUACUUAACAGGAAUAAAACAUUUGCAGUUUAUGAAAUAAAUGCAAAAGUGGUAAAAACCUGUGCUGUACAAAAACUUUUGACUGGUAGUGUAUGCAAAUAUAAAUGUACUCAGCUCUGUGAUGGGGGGCGAUGUGGGUGUUUUGGGGAGGGGUUCAUCGCCUCCCCUUUACUCCCCCAUACACAGUUACUGUUCAAAAUAGCAUAAAGAAGAGUUUUCUGUGGCUCACAGAAUGGAUGUAGGAGUCACCAGAAAAACAGAGAGUGAUUGUGCCUGUUGGUCCUUUCUUAGAGUCCAUAUGUCAGUAUCUGUUGUUUUUUCCUCCAAGACUGUUAACUGCCAAGAUCUGUAAUUAUGUUGCUCGCUCAGCUCUCUGACCCUCUGGGUGCUUCUCAACAUGCAUACUUGACUGUACUUGUAUUCUUGUGUACCCAUUGUACGUCAUCUUCCGUUGCCAAAGACUAGUUCCAAUACUCAAGAACAGAAGUACCGAGAACGGUAAAAAUUCCCGGAUGGCUUUCUUGCCCUUCCUCAAAUAACAAGAAUGCAUCGUUUGCAUCCUCGCCAAAUGAGACCAAUCCCAUGAUUCAUUGCCUCCCAAGUUGGGAGGCAAGUUAGCAAGAUUGGUCUUGCCAAGAUCACAAGCAUGAUCUUUGCAUUCUUGGUAUUGAGAAACACUGUAUGUGUUUCAAUGUGUCAGGUCGCUGUCACAGAGAAAGUGAUGCUUUUGUAUAUUUGUGUCUUUAGCAAAUGAAAUAUUGUACUUUUGAUAGCUUUCAUCCAUCAUCCAUCCAUCCAUUCAUCCAUUUCCUGAAACUGCUAAUCACAUUCAGGGUCGUGAAGCUUUCAAGAAUCAAAUACAUUUUUUCUGUAACAUUAAGGCCAUGUUUUUAGUAAUUUAUAAACACAUUCAUAAUGCAUUAUAAUGCAUUCAUAAAGCAUUGUAAACAUUAUAAACAUGGCUAUACAUUUAUAAAAAGGCAUAACACAUUAUUGUGGUGGCUGGUCGCGACAGAGGAGACAGACCCCGGAAUGCAGUGUGCAACUGAUUUAAUAUUCCAGCUGUUACGAUCCCCAGUCUAGGGUUGUGGAUCGCCAGAAAGGUAGAGGAGAGGGAGAGGGGAAGACGGGACAAGCAGGGAAUGGGAAAGGGGAACACAGGAAACACAGGGAUCUUUUUUUGUAUUUUUUUAUAUUUAUUCACAGACACGGUUACAAACACGAGGUGCAACAAACUUGGGGAGUGACCGACGCCAAAAUAACAACCAAAACAGCUAACGAACACGUCCCAAACUAAGCUAACUCUAAAGGUAACGAAAACAAGAGGAAACAAAAUGACAAAGACUAAGUGUAACUCCCUAACCAAAACAACAGUAAACACCACGUUCGCAAAAACAACAAGGCAGUCACUCCUUACGCACCUAAGAGACAUGUACAGAAAACACACAGGCUGAAACACGGUAUCCUAAAGGGCGAGGCAAAGAGAGUAGUCAGGAGCUAAGCAAGAGUUCAAACCAGAAGACAAACAAACCGAAGGCAAAGGUACCAAUAGGGCAAAGCAGAAAGUCAGAAACCUGGAAACCAAAACAGUCAUAUACAGGAGUCAAUCAGAAACAGCAAACCAACACAGCGAUAGCAAAAGACAAAGCUUGAGCAAGAGCUCGAGCUAGCUGUGACCAGCAGGCUUUAUCCGGAACACAGGGCCAGGGUCAGAGGUCAGAGGGCGGAAGGGGCGUGGCCGAACACUGGGAGGCAGCGAUUGGCGAGUUGAGCUUGGGGCAGAAGACUGAGGUGUCCUGUAGACAUAUCCAAACACUUACGGCACAUAACACAACAAGCAGCGAUCAAAGUUAAGGGGAUCAGGCGAAGUCGUCGUCGUAAAGCAGGCAAAGGGUCGAUGUCCAGGGAAGUCAGUCCUACACGGAGUGACGGGACAAGGCGACGAGGGGAAGGGACCCACGGAGCCGAUGGAGGGGCAGGGCAGGACGGAGCAGGCAGGUAGCAGAAGGCGGGUGGAUGGAACAGACGAGGCAGGCAGGGCAGUUGGAACAGCAGGGCAGGACACCGCAGGCAGGGCGAUCGGGGAAGACAAUAGACAGAAAACCGCUCAGUAUGGCACAUUAGAACAAUGGCAACAAUACUUCGCACUGAACCUGGGUCAUAGACAGCUUUAAGAAGUGGGGCAAUUGCCUGACGAAUGCCUGCCGGGGCUUGGCCCCGCCCUCGUGGGCGUGACAAUUAUAGCCAUGUGUACUAUGCAUUGUGGCUGCAUUAUGAAGCUCUCAUCUAUAAUGCACUAUAGAUACUUUUAUAAUGUAGUACAAAGUAUCCAUAAUGCAUAUUCCGGCCAUUAUAAUGCAUUACAAACGUAGUGCAUUAUAGAUUAGAGCUUCAUUAACAUUCAUAAUGUAUAAUACACAUGGUUAUAAUGUGUUAUGCCUUUUGAUAAAUAUUCCAUUUUCAUAAUGCUUUAUGAAUCCCUUGUUAUUUGUAAAGAAUGUGUUCUUUUUUUCUACAUAUCCUGCAAUAAUCAUCUUGAGAUUCAAUGAUGUUCAUCAUCUUUGUGUGAUUCUCUUUAGCUGAUCCAGGUCUUGUUUGCCUUACUUAUGUAAACACAUAAAUGGGUCAAGCUUUUCACUCCUAAUAUAUUUGCCUGAUAUUCCGCACACAGUGAGUUGUGUUCUUUUAUCUUAUCAAUCAGUCAUAGGAAGGCACAGAAGCCUUGAAUGUUUCCCCAGGCCUAAGCCUAUAUUUAAAUUAUGCAACUGUACAGAUGGGUAAAAGUGUAAAAUUAUUUGGUGAAAAAAAUAAUGUUCAACAAAAUAAAUUAUAAAUGAAAUUGUUUGGUCCCCGAUCAUAAGCAAUAAAUUAAGAAUAGAUAAGGCAAAAAAAUAUUUAUCUUGAGGGAUAUUGUGGGAAGAAAAGUAUUCCUCAGACUGGACUAAUAAAUAUUUUUUGUACCGAA